AUGACGUGUACCGCUACACCACCUGACUCGGUUGUAGUACAACGUACAAGGUACGGACCGGGACUUGAUGACAUCCGGGGCCAAGGACGCAUUGGUGUUGAUGCGACCAACAUUUUUCAUAAUGAAUGUUCCGCUUCUUUGGCCGGUCCACUUGCUCGUCAGACCAUUGCUGCUUCGACGGCAAUAAAAAACGCAUUAAAACCAGAAAUCCUCAACCUAGCGUCGAGAAGUGGCGUUUUUGAAAGCGCCGAUCUUGCACGACCAGCUCUUUGCGAGGCUUGCGCGCAAAAACUAACAGCAGAUGGCAAGAUGACGGUCACGGAGUUGUUGUCAUUAGUCGCUGGCGAAUAUUUUAUUGUGGCCGAUAGCUCGACAGCAAGUACCUCUAGCUCCACGCUUCGGUGUGUGAUGAAAGUCGUUAGUAACAGUGGCAAUAUGAUCACCGUUGAUCUUGUAGAUCCUGGUCGCAGUGCGUGUGAACUCCCCGUGACAUACGAGGCUAAAGCUUGGCGUAUUUCGCGUUUUGAGCUUCGUGCCCAUACAAUUCGAGAUUUGAUACCGGGACGAGAAUACGCAGUUCGAGUCGUUGCUUCUAGUAGUAGCUUAGGUGAGAGUCCUCCACUAGCAACAGCCACCACGAUCUCUACAAUGUGA